CAUAUUGUUGUUGCAAACAGCAUUUUGGUCAGCUAACUGUACAUCCUUCCGCUUGCACUUUCAGCAGCUACUCAAAUGGUGAUGUCCACCUACUCGGUUUUGUUACGGUUUCAAUAUCUCUUUUAAACAGCAGGAAGCGUAUAAUUGAAGUUUACAUUUCUAAAACUGAUAGUAAGCCUCUAUUGGGACGUAACGCCGUGGUCUAAUUGAACCUAUCACCAUGCGUCAGCCGGAUGACUAUUGCCAGCGUCAACCUUCAUUCGUUACGGUCCAGUUACCCAGAUCUCUUUCUACCGGAUAUUAGUAGAGUCUCAAAAGCAGUGCACCACAUUCGGUUAAGCGCGGAUUGCAAACCGCUCAGCAGUUCACAACCUGGGCCUGUACCUCUGGCCAAGCGAGAGGCUUUGUCGAAAGCUUUGAAAAACAUGGUCAAGGUAGACUUGAUAGAACCCAUACAGUGUUCUGUAUGGGUUCAUCCACUAGUUGUCGUUCAAAAGGAAGAUGGCUCCAUUCGUCUAUGCACCAACGUUCGAGCGCUUAAGCGACAUCAAAUUGUGAAAAAUUCCCUUUGCCUUCUCUCGACGAGUUGAUGGUUAGGUUUUCAAACGUCAAACUUUUCUCAAAGCUGGAUAUUCGCAGUGCAUACUACCACAUGCCACUGACUCCAGCUUGCCGAUAUUUAACUGCUCUCCUCAUGUAAGACGGUUU